AUGGCUUCUAACGUGAGGGAGCAUUCUGAUGAUAGACUUGAGAACACACCAUCAACGAUACAGAAGGCUGCAGCUGAGUUCAUAGGCACAUACAUCCUAAUCUUUAUAGGAUGUGGAUCGGUCUUUGUCAACCUAAGCCUAAGUGACAUCGGCUUACUCGGUGUAGCCUUUGCUUGGGGUGUAGUAGUAACAGCCGUGGUCUACACAAUUGAGCACAUCUCUGGUGCACAUUUGAAUCCUGCAGUGACCAUUGCUACUGCUGUUGUCAGCAAACUUCCCUGGAUUAUUGUUCCAUUCUACGUGGUGGCUCAGGUGCUUGGAUCAACCCUUGCUAGUUUCACACUGAAAUGGUUAUUUUAUGGAGAUCCAGCAGAAGUCAUGCUUACUCUUCCUUCUGACGGCACAAACAAUCUGAAAGCUAUUGCAUGGGAGAUCGCCCUCACAUUCAUUUUGAUGAUCGUCAUCAGUGGUGCUGCUGCUGAUGGCAGAUCGGUCAAGGAGCUCUCAGGAGUUGCAAUAGGAGCCAUCGUCUUUGUUAAUGCAAUUAUUGCUGGCAAGGUGACUGGUCCUUCCAUGAACCCGGCAAGAAGCUUAGGACCUGCAAUUGCAGCGCAGAAGUUUGAUAGGCUAUGGCUCUAUAUAGUUGCGCCGGUGAUCGGUGCAGUUGCCGGAUCAACUUUGUACAGCUUCCUCGACUUGCCAGAAAAUUCUAAUAAGAAUCAAAAGAGGAUCAAUUCCAGUAUGAUUUGUUAA